AAACCAAUUAGUAUUAUAGGAUUAUAAUUAAUUAUCAGUCCAAUCCCAUCUUUAGACCUCUCUAUAUAUAGUUCUCUUCCUUUCUAAUCUUUUACAUAAGACGAACCAAACAAAGAAAGAAAGAAAGAAAAGAAAAGAAAGCCAAGUACUCCUCUUACCUCCAUACUCAUCACCAACCUCUCUCUCUCUCUCUCUCUCUCUCUCUCUCUCUCUAUAUAUAUAUAUAUAUAUAUAUAUAAACUAACUAAAGAUAUAUAGCACUUCUCUUUGAGCUAGCUAGGCAGGCAAAUUAUAAACUAGCUAGAUUGAAUGGAUCAUAUUAUUCCUCAAGUGGAGAAAUACGAUCUUUCUGCUGCAAAUAAUGAAGAAGAUCAAGUGGACUUAAGGAAAGGUCCAUGGACAGUUGAAGAAGACUCGUUGCUCUUCAAUUACGUCUCUCUCCACGGUGAAGGCCGUUGGAACUCCCUCGCUCGCCAUGCAGGUCUAAAAAGAACCGGCAAAAGCUGCAGAUUGAGAUGGCUAAACUACUUGCGUCCGAGUGUGAGACGAGGAAACAUUACUCUCCAAGAACAGCUCUUGAUUCUUGAACUCCAUUCUCGCUAUGGCAACCGGUGGUCCAAGAUAGCCCAAUACUUGCCCGGGAGAACGGACAAUGAAAUAAAAAACUAUUGGAGAACCAGAGUCCAAAAGCAAGCCAAGCAACUCAAGUGUGACGUCAACAGCAAACAAUUCCAAGACGCCAUGCGUUACGUAUGGAUUCCCCGCCUAGUCGAACGGAUCCAGGCGACCCGACCAGAUUCAUCUCACUCGGGCCAACCCAACACCAAAACCAACCCCGUGUCCUCCAAUAUUUGUCUUGAGAACGAUGCGAGUGGGGUUGCCCCGUGGGGCUCCGACUUGGUUGGCCCGAAUAGUUUCAUGUCCGACGUGUCAGGUACUUCGUCCGACACGUCGGAUGCCCAGGUGUCAUCGGUUUCAGACAUAACUGAUUGCUGUAACCUAGUGGGUGGUAACGGGUCGGUGGAAAACCUGUCGAUGAAUGGUACGUUUCAGUACGGAUCGGAUAUCCAAGCGAAUGGCCAAAGUGAUCAUGGUUGGUUGAGUGGUGGGGACUCAUUAGAGAAUUGGUGGAGUGAAGAGGAUCUACGGUUCUUCCAGCAACAGCUUUCUGAUGAAUUCUAAUUAAUAUCAAGAAUUCGCUUACGUGACGCAUUAAUCGUGACACCAUGAUACAUAAGUGUAGCGCUGAUCAUGUUGCUUAAUUUGACGUCUUAGGUGCAUAGAGACAACGUCAUAUAUUAAUAUACCUUUUUUUAAUUUGUUUUUCUUCCUUA